AUGCAUUUCUCUGUUUUCUAUGCUUUUGCCUAUACUUUUCUGGCUUACCCGGACUGCUUGGUUGGGGAUGGUCAAAAAAGACUCAGGCCAACAUGGAUGAGUAUGACAUCAACUCCACAGUGGGUUGACAUUCCCUCAUCGGUUGCUUAUCGAAAACACGAGGCUGUUGAUGCUUUUAAGUGGGUUUAUGGAGCAAAUGCCUCUGGGAUAACAGAUGGUGAAAGAGUUGCAAACACUAUUCUGGGAUGUGAAGCUGUAGCUAUACGUAGUUGCAAUGAGUUUGAAGGUGAGUACUUGAGUUUAUACGAAAAGCUAGUAGGAAAACCUGUGGUGCCUGUAGGUUUUUUACCUCCAGAGAAUCCCCAAAGAGAGAUCAUCACUGAUGACUCAUGGAUUGAAAUCUUUAAGUGGCUUGAUGAGCAAAAGCCAAAGUCAGUUGUGUUUCCGUUGAAUGCAAGGUACUUGGUUGAGAAGGGUUUAGGGGUGGAAGUUGAGAGAAGUGAAGAUGGGUCAAUUAACAGGGAUUGUAUUGCCAUGGCUCUUAGACACGCAAUGGUGUCCGAGGAAGGGAAAAUUUUGAGGGAGCGAACAAGCCAAGCUGCUAUGAUUUUCGGAAACCAGAAAUUGCAUCAAGAUCACUAUAUUGGUAAACUCGUUCAUUUUCUCAGAAACAAACGUGGGAAUACCUGA